AACAAAUCCACUUUGCCAGACGACGGCAGCAGCUUCUCCCUUCUACUUCCACCCAAGAAGCUCAGCUACUGACUGCAUAUAUCCACACCAGCAGCAGCUCAGCACAUCCUUCUCUCCUUCUCCUCCUCCCCCCUCCCACCUCUCCACCGCCCAUCAUGUCCGGUCGCUUCUUCCGCAGCGUGUCCGACUCCGAGGACUCCUCAUCUUCCUCUGAUGAGGAGCUCAUGUCCGAUUCCGACAAUGAAGACCAAGGAGACAAGAAGGCCUCUUCUUCUACAGCCGCUGCCGCAGCUCCCAAGAAGAAGUCUGCCUUUAUGAAGUCCAAGGGCAGUGAUGAUGAUUCAGAGGACAGCGAUUCAGACGAUAGCGACUCCGAUGAUGACGAUGAUGAUGAAGACUCGGAUGAAUCUUCUGCUGCUCGCCCAGCUGCUAGGCCUGGACAGAAGGUGUCCAAGUUUAUGAGGGGAGCUGCUUCCGACAGUGAUGAUGACAGUGAUGGAGACGAGGUGAAGAAGGUCAUCAGGAGUGCAAAGGACAAGAGGGUGGAUGAGGUGGACUCGGUGGUCAAGACAAUCGAGAAUGCUCAGAGGAUUGACGAUUGGGUCGCCAUCAGCAAGGAGUACGACUCACUGCUGCGUCUCUUUGAGCGCCAGAAGACAAUGAACGAGGCAGAGCCCAUCAGUUUCUUCAGAUGUAUCUCCAACCUCGAGGAAUUCCUCAACCAGUCCGUAGCUGCAGGAAAGGGCAAGAAGAUGAAGGCCCCUAACGCAAAGGCUAUGAAUGGUAUGAAGUCGAAGCUGAAGAAGGCUAUCAAGGACCACGACACAGAGAUCUCCAAGUUCCGAUCCGACCCCGAGGCUUUCGAGGCUGAGCUUGUUGCUGCGACCGCUCCUCAGGCACCACCUCCCAAGGCUCCUACAGCCAAGAAGUCAGGCACGGCUACUUCCCAAGCCCCAGGCGAGGGAGAGGACGAUACUUUCCAGACCGUCGGCAAGGGUGGUCGAGCUCUGGCUAUCACGUCCGAAGGUCUCUUCAAGUCUCUGGCUGCUGUCAUGGAGGCUCGAGGAAGGAAGAGCACCGACCGAACUGAGCAGGUCGCUAUUCUGCAAAAGCUUCUCACUGUGGCUGAAUCGUCCUACCAGAAGCUGAGAGUUCUACUUGCUCUCAUCGCCGCCCGAUUCGACUACAACGCUACCGCCAACAACUUCAUGCCCCUCGACAUGUGGAACGCUGCCAGGACCGAGGUUGAUCAGCUUGUGCAGACACUUGCUGCCGACCGAUCAUAUGUCGUACGUGAGGACACCGAGGACUACGACGACUCAAUUGACCGAGUGCCAGGACAGAACGGAGAAGGAUCCGUCGUAGCUGUGCGAGGUAGCAUCAUCUCAUUCGUUGACCGACUGGACGACGAGUUCACCAAGCACCUGCAGAAUCUCGACCCUCACUCGACCGAGUAUCUCGAGCGUCUACGAGACGAGCGCUUCCUCUACGCGACAAUCGUGCGAGCUCAAUCCUACCUCGAGAAUGCCGCGCAGACUGCUGUCAGCGGCUCGGCAGAUUCUUCUUCGCAGACCGACGCUCUCGCCCGAGUGGUGAUGCGUCGUCUGGAGCACGUCUACUCGAAGCAGGCUGUCAUCAUCCAGGCCCUCGAGUCCGCCAGCGCUGCUACUCAGGAUGACGCCGAGAAGGUUGCCCAGGCCUCCGCCUUCCCUACUGGUGCUGGUGUGGCUGGUUCAGCUGCUGGACCUUCUCAGCUCGUUCGAGCUCUCUGCGUGCACCUCUACAAGGCCCCUGGCCUUACCGGUGAACGUCUGCGCACGCGAGCCAUGCUGUGCCACAUCUACAACACUGCUCUUCAGGCCGACUACUACGUCGCUCGGGACAUGCUGUUGAUGAGUCACUUGCAAGAUUCGAUUGCUCUAGCCGACGCUGCUACUCAGAUCCUGUACAACCGAAGCGUUGUUCAGAUUGGUCUCUGUGCCUUCCGUCUGGGCCUGAUCAAGGAAGCACACGCCGCCCUCUCGGACAUCUUUGCAGCUGGCCGUGUCAAGGAGCUGCUCGCACAGGGUGUCCAGAGGUCAAGCGCUUAUGCUUCCAUCAGUCCCGAGCAGGAGAAGCUCGACAAGCAACGACAACUGCCUUUCCACCUGCACAUCAACCUCGAGCUGCUCGAGUCAGCCUACCUCGUCUGCUCCAUGCUCCUCGAGGUACCGCAUAUGGCUCGUGCUGGCACAGACCCAGACCAGCGACGAAAGGUCCUCUCCAGGCCCUUCCGUCGAAUGCUCGACUACACUGACCGACAGGUCUUCAGUGGCCCCCCCGAGUCUGCUCGUGAUCACAUCAUGCAAGCCACCAAGGCUCUGCAAGUCGGUGACUGGCGCGAGUCUUCUCGUCUGAUUGGCGAAAUCAAGAUCUGGAAGCUCCUCUCAAGCGCAGCGGACGGCAAGGGGGGCGAGGAGUCGGUCAAGGCUCUCCUGAGCAAGCGUAUUCAGGAGGAAGGUCUGAGGACAUACCUCUUCUCCUAUAAUGCCUACUACACCUCUGUCUCCAUGCAGCACCUCGCCUCUACCUUUGAUCUCAGCCUCUCCCAGGUGAGGAGCAUCGUCUCCCGAAUGAUCUGGAACGAGGAGAUUGCCGCCUCUCUCGACUCUUCCCCCGGAGUGGAAGGACCCAUUGUCGUCCUGCACCGCGAAGAAUCGAGCAAGGUUCACCAGCUGGCCCAGACGCUCGCUGAGCGAGCUUCGAGCAUGCUAGACCAGAACGAGAGGCUGCUGGACGCCAAGAUGGGUGAUGGACCUGGUGGAAACCGGGAUGGUGCUGAUGGCGGCAAGGGCAAAGGGGAGAGGGAAGGCGGUAGGGAAGGUGGUGGUGACAGGGGUGGAAGGAGGGAAGGCAGGAGAGGCGGUGCGGGAGGACGUGGUGGUGGUGGUAGGGGCAGGGGAAGGGGGAGGAGUCAGUUCCAGGCUCUGCCCGGUCAGGUUGCCGCUGGUCGCUAAGACUGAUGAGACGAUCAGUAUCCCUACCUUGCGACCAUUCCUCUGUGUCAUCGGCCAGCCCUGCGGGUUCAUGCUCCUCUCAAAAGACACUCUAUACUUCAGCUUGCACGUAUUGAUCAUCUAUCUAUGUUCCCCGAGUGUGUCUCCAUCCAUGCCUUGUCACAAGCUCAUCGC